AUGGAGUUAGAAACUCAGGGGAUAGAUGACAUUGUUCAUAAUGUAGGGAAUUUUAACUCGGAAGACCAGCAAGAUCACAGUGGGCCUAGACACACUAUCAGGUCACCACUCAGGUAUGGAUUUAAUAAUUUGAUGCUUUAUGCAUUCACUACUAUCAGCAAGACUUUGAUUGAGGUUAAUCAGUUGGUAACUCUGUUGAGAAAAGAAUUUGACAUAAAGGUUUUGGGUAUGCCUAAGAAGUUUCUUGGGUUGGAGAUUUGCAAGUAUAGAGCUAUGGGGAAAUUGUGGUUAUCUCAAAGCAGUUUUAUGGAGAAGGUGUUGGAGAGGAUUAACAAGGUUAAUGCAAAACUGGUCACCAGUACACCAUUGGCGAAUCAUUUUAAAUUGUCUACUGCUCAGUGCCCAAGGACAAACGAUGAGGUUCGUGACAUGUCAAGAUCCUUAUACCAACAACAAAGGGAUCUGUCAGUUGUGAGAUUUGUGGAUGUAGACUAUGUAAAGGACUUGGGUGAUAGGAGGUCUACAACAGGGUAUGUUGUAGAAGACCCUAUUUAUUGGAAGUCCAGGGUACAGUCUCAGGUUGCAAUAUUUACAAUUGAAUCGGGGUAUAUGACUGUAGCCGAAGCUACCACAGAUAAGUUCAAGCAUUUCUUGGACUUGCUUUAUGUCUUCAAUUUCUAG